CAGCUAAUCUUAACUCAUAUAUCAUACAGCAUUAGGUUUCUUGCAUCCAUCUCCUUUAUUCAGAUUCUCACGUUCGACUCAAUCUUUUUCUGUAUUCAUGAAUUUCUAUAUUUGUACAAACUCCUUAUAUAAGGGUGUCUCCUGUUUUUCCAUGAAGAUUAUAUUAUCAGCCUCUCUAAUCUGAAAGUAAUUAACUAGAUUAAUAUUAAAGAGAUGGCUAAAAACAUUGGCAUUCUUGUUUGCCUUCUUCUUGUGAUUUUGGAUGUUGCAGCUGGUAUACUUGGAAUUCAAGCUGAGGUAGAGCAAAAUAAGGUAUCAGAAUUAAAGGUGUGGAUCUUUGAAUGUAGAGAUCCAAGCUAUGAAGCUUUUAAGCUAGGAUUGGCUGCAACUGUACUUUUGGUUCUGGCACAAGUUAUUUCUAAUCUGCUUGCUGGUUGUAUUUGUGUCCAGUCCCAGGAAGAGUUAGAUAAUGCCUCUUCUAACAAGAAACUUGCUUUUGCUUCAUUUGUAUUCCAAUGGAUAAUCAUGGGCAUUGCAUUUGCAUUGCUGGUAGCUGGAACAAUGUCAAACGGGAAGGCAAGAAAAUCAUGUGGCAUAUCACACCAUCGUUUCUUGUCGAUAGGAGGGAUAUUGUGCUUUAUCCAUGGACUUUUCUCAGUUUCCUACUACAUCUCUGCUACUGCAACGAUCCAGGAAGAUAAGAAGCUUAAUCAUCAACAAGGAAGCCAUGCAUGAGUUAAACAAAUUACUCUCUUCCAAUAUGCAGCCUUUACCAACGAGAAUUAGAUUAAUCCAGUGCUCCAUACUAGAGAAAUGAAAGCAGAAUAUCUAUGGAAAAUUCUUCAUAACCGGAUACCAUAUAUUCCUUUUCAAAAUUCCUAAUAUUUCAUGUAACAUUUUCUUGAAUUUUAUGUUGUUUGUAACUUUUUCUUGACUCUAAUGUAAUUUUUACUGAACUGCUGAAAUGGUUCCUACAUUAUUCCUUGUGAAUUUGUUAAAAAUUGACUGAUUGCUGGAUUCCACCAGACAUAUAUACUUGUUAAAGCAGUUAAUGGAUCAUGAAAUUGAUGCAACGUACUUGAUCCAUCGAUUUCAUUAUCCAGUGUUGUUCAUAAUAUGUUCUCGGCAAACUGCAAAUGUCAGCUUCCCAGAAGCAGAGAAGAUAUUAAAACCAUUGUUGUGUUUUGCUCACAGUCACAGACCUCAAUUAAAGUGAAACUCCCAGUCAAAAUUUUAGGGUGAGGCUCUCAGGUGCAGCACUUAUUGUUCCAGAUUUUUAAACAAUUCUUCCAAAAUCAUUCUUCACAAUUGGAUUCAAGAAGUAUUGGAUAACUU